GUCAAAGUUUAUCGCAAAAACCAUGACGGGAUUAACAUUCUUGCUGCAGGUGGCCACCGCUUUUGUGGUCUAAGUGACAUCUGCAGACAUGUAACGAUACAACACAUGGAUCGCCUUUUAUUAUUCUAGUCAUUUUCUACAAUCUGUGACCUCUAGUCUUAGCCGUGACCCCUGAAAAAUAUCUAAAUGCCAUGGCAACUGAGUGUACAGAAUCUAGUCCAUGUGACCUUUCAACUUUGACCCUGAGUCACCCAACAGAGGAGACAACUGAUCAAGUUGACAGUCAGGGCAACAUUAACCUUGGGAGGUUGUCUCCAUCCAGCCAAGGGGGUCUUAACCAAAUAGUUCAACUCCUUCACAGUCACAAAGCAAAGAUAGGAGUAGAUCACCAAGGCCGUCCAGUCAUACAGUAUGAAGAUACACAUAAACCUUUGUACUGGGAUCCUUCCAAUGCAAACGUCAUUACUACCCCAAAAGUUGGGGAUCAUCAACGGAAGAUUGAUGCUUGUUUAGAACUUAUUGAAUACCUUAAGAAAAACAAGAACCCUUCAGGAGUGAAUCUGGAUAGUUCAAAGAUAACCCCUAGCAAAGGCAAUUGGUAUGAAGAAGGUUCAGAGUUUGAGAAAACACAGAAUAUUUUGGGUACAGGCAACUCAGCAGGUGACAUAUUUGUGCUUAAGGACAAAAAGACGGAGACUGAGCAUGCUCAGAAGACAAUCAUGAUAUCAGUAUUUCGCAAAGAAGAAAUCCAAGCCUGGGUUGAUCUGGAUAAAACCGGCAUCGCUCCAAGACUCUACCUCUUCAGAAUCGAAGGAAACAAAGUCCAUAUCCAUAUGGAGAAAUUAGAAAACGUGGUCACUUUGCGAGAGGUUAUUGAUUCUCACAUGGACACCAUCAGAGCCUCCAACCCAGCACUUGUCCGGCCUUUCUCCCUGUGUGUUUUCCAUGGAGUUCUAUCUGCUGUCCAAAAAAUGCAUGACAACAACUGGACACACAAGGAUUUGCAUGCUGGAAAUAUCCUGCUCCAAAAAGAAUCUGAUUGCUCCAUUAAAGUUCGCAUUGUGGAUUUUGGAUUAGCGUCUGGACUAGAUAUAAAGGGAGGAUUGCAGGGUUUCCGCUCUGACAUAAAAGAAUCAGUCCGUAAAUUCACAGCUCUAUAUGCAGGCCAAGAGUUCAACAGCCCAAGGGACUUGGAUGAUGCUCAGACCUGGAAAUCUGACCUGGGUGAGGCGGCAGACCUCUUUCAAUUAAGUCGACCACAAAGGGUAGAGCUAUUCAGCUUGGUUGACAGUACUCUAGCCAUUGUUGCAGCAUCACAAACACAGAAUGUUGUGAAGGAUGUCCAGAAGAAAAUGGAUGAUAUAGACCUGGACAAGGUGAUGAAGGAAGUUGUGCCAAUCCUGUUUCCCCCAUUUGAUGUCUACCAGCCCGUUCAUGACGGAGGACAUAGUACCAUUGACUCAAGUGAAAAAGAUUUAGCAGACGGCAGAUGUUCAAAAGAAACAAUGGAUGCAGAUGUUAUACUGAGAAGCCUCCGUCUUGAAAUGGCUGUCGGAAGUGACAUUGAUGGGUGAUUGUUACUGAAGAAAGAG